AUGAAAAGUAAAUACACUUACCUCAAUGAAGAAGAUCUUGUUAAGCAAUUAGAAUUUUUUGAAACUUAUAUUGAGAAUUCAAGGCGUCAAACACCAGUAAUAGAAACUCCGAAAAGUACUCAAAGAAGUGUCAAAGCAAAAAAGCAUAACUUUACCGAUGAAGAACUUGAAAAUGAAAUUGAAAAUAUUUUGGCUACUGAUCAUGUUGGAAAAUACACUGCUGAGCAAGCAGCAGAGUUGAUAGAAGGUAUGAAACACCGUAGACAAAUGUAUAUUGAGCAAACUAACUAUUUAGCAGCAGAUCGUGCUGAAUUAUACGUUCAAAAGCUUCUACAAAUUACUCAAUUGAAUUCUGUCCGUGAAAUACAACAGAAAUCAGAUGAUAAGUCAUCAAUGCAGAUAAAGAAGGCAGAAGCUGACCUUAAAGAAGCGAAACAAAAAUGGGAAAAAGUUUACUCUGCUCUAAGGGAUAGUGCAGCAAGAGAAUUCCAAGAAAUGGAAGAAAAACAUAAUAAUGACCUCGCUGAACUUGAAGCUCUACGUGAACAGCCUCCUCCUCUUUCUAUUGCAAAAUAUUCAAAUUAUCUUUUGGAUCUAAGGCAAAGACAAGAAUAUUUAAUUAAGAUUAGGAACUUUUCAGAUGCUGCUGUGUUGAAAGAUCAAGCAGAUAUCCUUCAGGCUUCAGAAAAUAGAGAUUUUAUUAAAAAAUGGAACCAACAGAUUGAUCAGAGAAUAGAACAAUGCAAUACAACUUAUAAAAGGAAUAUUGCAUCAAGGAGAUUGUAUUGGAAACGCGAAGAAACUCAAUUAAUCCAAGAUGCUGAAAAAGAAGUCGCAAAAGCGGAAAAAGCAAUAGAAAUAAUGAAGAAUACACUUAGAAAUGUUCGUAUCCAAAAGAGAAGAACAACUUCUGAGCUAACUUCCACUCGACAGAAUUUCAUUCGUACUCCUGGAAUUAACGAGCGUCAAACACCUCACCAGCACUUGCAGAAACAGAUUCUCAACAAGAAACUCUAUACAGCAACUCCAAGAAGAUAA